ACAAAUAAAAUGAAGUAUUCUCUCUAAUGCAACUUGAGUAAAAUUAUUUCGAGAAGUUGCGGCCAUUCAUUUCAAAAAACGGGCUUUACCACGUGUUUCAUACAGUGUAUUUUUAUACAUCUAUUGGGAGUGUUCCUUUUAAUUAACAUCUAUUUAAAGUCAAACAUAGGCCUUGCGCAUUUUUUAAACGUAAAGAUUGACAAACCGACAGCAGUACUACAUAUUUACUAAUUUUAAUCAAAAUUUUGUCUUCUACUAUGAUAACAAUUGCCGCAUCGACGGCCGAUUGCGAAACUUACGACAGCGACUCUAAAUACCAUCCAACUAUUAUGACAAUCAUGAGUGAAGCUUUUUUAGAAUUGCGAAAUGAAUAUCCCGAUUUGGAUGUAGUGAUCCGCAGCAUACUAAUGGCCCGUUCGCAGGAAGGAGCAACAAUUUCCGAUAUCAAAGACGAUUACCGAAAAAAUACGGGGAACGUGUUUCCAAUUUUUCAAAGCAUCACCGAAUUUUUACUCUCCAUCCCGUUGGUAACAGCAUUUUGUAAUGAAGAUGGUAAACUCAUUUUCAAUGUCCGCCCCACGGAUAGAACAAAACACAUCUUCGAUAUGGUUCAACAACAAAAGCCGCAACAAUAUCAACCCCAACAACAUCAACCUCAACAGCAACAACAUCAGACUCAUAAACAGCAAGAUGUUCAGUACAACCGACAAAGAGGAGUGGAACCUCGUCUCAAUAACAUUUCAAAGGGUACAACUGGUUAUGAUCAAUCUUGGUAUCACAAUAACAAACAAAAUGAUUAUCAAAGUAAUUUAAAAUUUAUAGAUAAGAAUAAUAUUGACAACAACAAAGAACAGUUACCAAUAAACAUUAAUGUUGUACAAGCAAAUCCGAAUAUAGACAAAUCAAAGAUACAACCUAUCAGCGGAAAUAAAAUAUUCGGAAAUUAUGUUGCAGAAGCAAACAACAGUAAUUACUACCAGGAUAACUGCAAUCAUCUCUUCAAUAGACUAUACAAUCAAUCAAAAGCGGUGGCACAAAAUUUUGGAAAUAACAUCAUUGGCAGUUCACAAUCGAACUUGAAUAAUGGAGUGUCAAAAUAUCAACCUAAUCAAGCGAAGUCCAUAAUUUAUCCAACACAAACCAGAUCAAAUCAACAGCAGAACUAUUGUAACACAAAUAAGCUUGAAAAGCAAUUUCCUACAUUCAAUCAUCCGAUAUUGAAGUCAAGUGGUCCAAACACAAAUCGAGCUUCUUCACCCUCAUGUACGAGAAGUAGUCGGGAUAACAAUUCAAUAUAUACCUCAGAUUCUGACUACGAAGCUCAUCUUUUGGACUUUCCUUUGUUGGGUGAUGAUUUUUUCCUCUUUUUAGCACGCAUGGAACUUCGGUGUAAAUUCAAAAAAUAUGGCAAAGUAUUGCAGAGUGGAUUGUGUGUAUCUGGACAAACAAUUUGUGCUGCAAUCAGAAGAGUACACCAAUUGGAUGAUCAACACCGGAGUAUUAUUGUCAACAUCGGAUCUGUGGACAUAAUGAAGGGGCGGUCAUUAGUACAAAUAGAACAUGAUUUUCGUGAACUAAUUAACGUAAUCUUUAAAAAAGGAUUUACUCCCAUUCUAACGACACUAGCCCCUCUGGCAAAUUAUGCACACGACAAGCAAGUUAAGACCAAGUUGGAACGUUUCAACCAUUUCAUUAAAAACGAGGGUAAAUUCCUGGUUGUAAUGGAUAUAUGGGCUUGCUUGGUAAAUGAAAAAGGUCAAAUAUUAUUUGAUUGUUUUCAAAACGAGCCGCGAAUGGUAUCAGGUACAUCAGAGCCCUAUGUGUUUUGGAACAAAAUUGGCCGCCAACGCGUUUUACAAUUAAUAGAGUCCCAAUUAGAAUAUUAAAGUCACUUCUCACUUUUAAUUCGCCAGAGGAAGAAGUAUUCUAACGGCUACCUUGUUUUCUGUAAAGUUUUAAUUCGUACUUUUAACUUGUGUUGUUUUUAAAACUGUAUUUCUGUCCUCAUAUUAAGCAUAAUUUUUUACAAUAAUUUGUUAUAAUAUGGCCUAAUUUUUUUUUUUUUCAUUCAAUAUACAUAGAUCUAGAUUAACUCUCAUUGUAUAUAUAUACAUACCUAUAUACCUAUGUAUAUGCAUAUAUAUAUAUUAUAUGUGUAUAUAUAUACGUAUACUUAUUUAUGUAGAUAUUUACAUGGUCGACCAACGCUAUAUUUGUCCCAGUGAAUUCAAUGGGAUUCAAUCGGAUUCAAUGGGACAAGUGCAGACUUAAGGAUGCUUGAAGAGUUUCAUUAAAAUAUAUAUUUGUGCACAAUAUGUGUUAGUUAAUGAGGCUUUUGAAGAUUUUAUCCUUUUCAAAACAAGUAUUCCAUAGAAAAUGUAUGUACUACGGCUUUUACGGAGUCAAUACCGGUGUUGAUUUUGGAUAAUUGUAUAAGCUGACACAUUUUCUAUGCAAUAGCUAAGUAUUAUCUUUAAUUUAAAUAUUGUACAAUAUAUUUAAAAACUGUAUGCAUGUACUCACUUAAAGGUAAAUAUGAACGAGCCACAACUUUAAUAUUGAAAUUAUAAAAAUAGAUUAAUGAUUCUCUGAAGAUGUAAAUCUUUGGUUAUGUCAUAUUGUAAUUGAUAAAUUUAAAUUUAUAUGCCUAGUUGAUAUAGAAAAUUCAUUUGUAAAAUAAAUAAUAAAUUCAUUGUAAUGUAAGUCCUUUGUGUUAAGUAUUUUGUGAUUAGACGUAAGUUAAAAUAAAAGCUUCAAAAUAAAGCAAA